UAAUUUAAUGCUUUAAAAAAUGAAAAUAUUCUACAUUCAGAGAAAAUGAGAUUUUUCUCCCGGUGUCAUCUUCUUUUUUGGAAAGCUUUUCUAAUGCGAAGAAACACUGUAUUUUUUACAAUACUUGAACUAAUUAUUCCGAUCACUUUGACAUUACAAAUUCAACUCAUUUCCGAUCCUCUAGCCAUUAACAAUCGCACUGUAAAACAUCACACUCAAAAAAUGAUUGAUAAUUAUUUUCCUAAAAAUGCAGACUGUUGGUAUACUCCAAAAAAUAGUUUUACUGAUAAAUUAAUGUCAAAAGUUUCUCAAAAAUUGGAAAUUCCAGUUUCUUCCGAAAUUAAUGAAAAAAAAUUGAUUACACGACACAUUACAAAAAAUAGAACAAGCAAUAUUUUUUGGAUAAUAUUUCAAUCAACUGAUAAUCAACUGCCAAAACUUUUGGAGUACACGAUUCGUUCUUCAGAAAUUGGAAAAAUUCAGAUAAUUGAUAUGAAAGAUGAAUAUCCUAUGGACGUAGAUCCUUAUCUACAAAGUGGAUUUCUUAGUUUACAAUCAGCAAUAGAGUUUGAAUUUCUAAAACUAUGGAAAAAUUCAGAAAUUAAAGAUAUCGGUAUGGUAAUAGAACGAUUUCCACUUUAUAAAAACAAUAAUUCAACAUUUUCACCAAUAAAUAGAUCUAAUGUCAGUAUAAUUUACUAUAUGUCAAUUAUUGCUUUUAUAUUUCUGCCUCUAUCAACUUUAACAACAUUGAUUCAAGAGAAAGAAAAUGGUUUUACAGAUCUACUGAGAAUUUCCGAUAUUAACAAUUAUUUUCUAUAUUUUGGAUGGUUAAUUUAUCUCUGUAUAACUGCGGUACCCGUGACAAUAAUUUGUACAUUUCUUCUUUAUCCGAUUUAUUCUAAAUACAAUAAUCCAAUAGAAAUAGGAAUAUUUUUAAUUUUUCACAUUCUACUGAUGUCAACUUUUAUGUUUGCAAUUGGAACAUUCUUCACGAAUACGACGAAAGCUGUGCUUACUUGUUUACUCUGUUGGAUAUUCAUGGCUCGAAUAACAAUGGAAUUUGACCAAUUUUUCAAAAAUCAAUCAUUUGAAAUUAAAAUAUUGUCACUUCUUUUACCUCACAAUGGUUUACUUUACGGAAUCACUGCUUUGACUUCAAAAAUUGAUAUUGGCAAGUUUCACUAA